AUGGAUUCACCGCCUUCCCAGUCGCCGGGAAGGUCCGAAUCCCCGCUUGCGAAUAGCAAAAGAUCAUCUAGUUUCGCUUCUUCAGCAUUAUCGAAAUCACUUUCUGAUGCCAGCAGCCAGAGCUUUUCCUCAAUCCUAAACAACCCCAGACCUUCUUCGUCCGUCGUGGGCUGGUGGUCCUCCUCUACCUCCGUUCCAGCUCCCGAAUUUACUCCUUUGCCCUCUGUUCCAAAGCCAGGAUCCGAAAUCACUCGAUCCGACUUUCUUUCUUACCUGUCGUCUGUCUCAGAACCUCACUCCCGUUUUCAAGAUAUUCUCAAGCAGCAUGAUCGCGACCACCAGGUGCUGGAUGGAGUUUCGGAAGGGGUUGCGGGCGAAGCGCUAGUGGCGUGUCUUAGGGAGGUGCCAGCGCUGUACUUUAAGGAGGAUUUUGAGUUGGAGGAUGGCGCGACGUUCAGGGCAGCGUGCCCGUUCAGGACGACGUUGGAAAAUCUUGCUCUCCAGGAGAGAUUGUCGCAGUAUUUGGAUGUGGUGGAGUUGCAUUUGGUUAGGGAAAUCUCGCUCAGGUCCAACUCUUUUUUUGAGGCGCAGGGGCAAUUGGAGGACUUAAAUGCUAAGAUUCUUGAGGGGUGUGGGAGGGUCACGGAGUUGAAGGAGACCAUUAGGCUCUUGGACUCCAACUUGGUGGGUUCUGCCAGGACGGUGCAGGAGCUAAGCUUGAAACGGGGGGAUUUGAUAUCUCUGCACAACAAGCUUAGACUUGUGCUCUCUGUUAACCAGGCUCUCUCCACUCUUCGAUUGCUUGUCGCGUCCGCAGAUUGUGUUGGAGCUUUAGACAUUACUGAUGAUUUGCAGCAUUUAUUGGAUGGUGAUGAGCUGACUGGUUUGCAUUGCUUUCGUCAUCUUCGGGAUCAUGUAGCAACUUCAAUAGAUUCUAUUAACAGCAUUCUUUCAGCAGAGUUCAUCCGUGCAUCUUUGCAUGGUGCUGAUGAUCUGGAGGCAUCAUUAACAAGGCAUAGCUCAGCUUCUAAUGGAAGAGAUAAUGAAGUUAGACUAGAGGAAGCGCGGAUUUCUAAUUUUCAAGACCAGCUUCUUCCCCUUAUCAUUGGAUUGCUUAGAACGGGAAAGCUACCUGCUGUGUUGAGAAUAUACCGUGAUACACUUUCUUCUGAAAUAAAAACUUCAGUCAAACUGGCAGUUGAGAAUAUGCAUUUGGAGUCGGAUUCUGUUUCUGGAGAUGGGAUGGUGGAUGGAGAUGGUGGAGGCUCAUCACUAGGAGCUAAGUUGAAAAGUCUGUCACCUGACGGCUUUCUUAAACUUUUGGAGGAAGUUUUCAUGAUUGUACAGGUACACUUGAUGCAGGCUUCUGACGUUAAAAAAGCAAUAGAGUGGAUCAUGGGCAAUCUCAGUGGUCACUAUGCUGCUGCUUCAGUUGCUGCUGCAAUUGCACUUGGUGCAGCUGCUCCAGACACAACACAGGAGACUUACGGGCACGGUAGUUCAAUUUUAUCACAAUCUUCUGAGGGGAAUGUUACCAGAGUUCCAUCUAUCCAGGGACGGGGAAAUGAUACCACAAGUCUAUCAAAUCUUUCAAGAAACUUCCGAGCUGAUAUUUUAAGAGAGAAUGCAGAAGCUUUAUUUGCAGCCUGUGAUGCUGCUCAUGGAAGAUGGGCAAAAAUUGUUGGCAUCCGUUCUCAAAUUCAUCCGAAAUUGAGGCUACAGGAUUUUCUAAGUGUGUAUAACAUCAGUCAGGAAUUUAUAAGUUCAACAGAGAAGAUUGGUGGAAGGUUGGGAUACAGCAUUCGUGGAACGCUACAGUCACAAGCUAAAUCCUUCAUCGAGUUCCAGCAUGAAUUUCGAAUGGCAAAGAUGAAGGCUUUACUUGACCAAGAAAAUUGGACUGAGAUAGAUGUGCCAGAUGAGUUUCAGACCAUUGUCACUUCAUUGUCUUCUUCAGGUUCCAUGUCUGAUGGACAUAGAGCUGAAGCUCCUGGUACAUCUAACAACAGUGAAACAGUAUCAAGCAGUGAUGAUUUCCCCAUGGCUGAUGCUGGACUUUCAAAUUCGUCUCAACACAUUGAACUGCUUGAUUCUAAUGGAAUGUCAGCAGGUCAUGCACCAAACACCGAUUCUUCAUGCCUGAGUGUGGCAUCUGAGAGUGGUAAUAGUGAUGUUGGAACUUCUUCCACUCACAGUAAUAACGCUAAUACGAGAGAACGAGGAAAAUCUUCUCUCCGAAUGCUUUAUCUUAAAGGUGUUGGAUAUCACAUGGUAAACUGUGGCUUAUAUUUGGUGAAGAUGUUGUCAGAGUACGUUGAUAUGAAUAAUUGUUUGCCGACACUAUCUGCUGAAGUUGUUCACCGUGUUGUUGAGAUAUUGAAAUUUUUCAAUUCAAGGACAUGUCAUCUUGUUCUUGGCGCGAAUGCCUUGCAGGUCUCUGGUUUGAAGUCUAUUACUUCUAAACACUUGGCUAUGGCAAGUCAAGUUAUCAGCUUCACUUAUGCCAUCAUUCCUGAAAUCAGGAAAGCUCUCUCCUUGAAAGUGCCUGAGACAUACAAGGGGCUACUGUUGUUAGAGAUCGACAGAGUAGCAAAUGAUUAUAAAGUUCACCGUGAUGAGAUACACACUAAGCUGGUUCAGAUAAUGAGAGAAAGAUUGGUGGUUCAUCUACGUAGCUUGCCACAAAUUGUUGAGAGUUGGAAUAGAUCUGAGAAUACUGAUCCACAGCCGAGUCAGUUUGCUCGGUCUCUCACUAAGGAAGUUGGUUUUCUUCAACGUACAUUAUCUAAACAUUUGCUUGAAGAGGACGUUCAAGCUAUUUUUGGGCAAGUUAUUGUGAUCUUCCACGCACAAAUUUCUGAAGCAUUUAAAUCCUUGGAGAUAAACACUCCACAAGCAAAGAAAAGGCUCUACUGCGACAUUCAGCAUAUUCUUGGAUGCAUCAGAUCGUUGCCUUCUGUAAAUUUGGGCGAAUCCAUUCCACCAAAUUGGGGGAAACUUGAUGAAUUCUUGGCACAAAAUUUUGGCACUGAAGCUAGUGAAUAG